AUGUCGAUGGCCGUCCAUGCGUCCAUCGGCGACGCACUGUAUGCGCUGCCGGAGCCGUCUGGUCGCACGUCAAGUGUGAGUACGCUGCUGCGGCUGCGUACAUGUGCGGCGCUAGGCACAGCGCUCGCGCGCACGCGGCAUGAACCUGGUGCCACAGACGCGGACAUGGCGCGGGUCGUGUACGCCGUCUAUUUUCACGUCACGAAUACACUCAUGUCGGACGCGCGCGCGUUGCAGGAGGCAGAAUCCUACUGGCGUCGAAUUCAGAAGGAACCUUUGCGUGCAGGACUUCUGUGGCUUCAGACACUGCCUGCGCGAAUCACCACAAGACCACCACACACCCAUGGAUGGGGCCUGCGUGGCCUGCGUGCAGAUGCUGAGGCCAAGUGCUCACGGCUUCGCCGAGCUCGGGCCGCCACAGUUCGUGCGCUUGGGAUGCUAGUGAUGGCAUGGUACGCUUCGGAAACGCAGCCUGUAUCGGAACGCACAUCGUAUCUGUGCCGUGUCGGCUGCGACGCCAUGUCGUAUGACGAGCAUGUCGAUGCCAAGGCGUCGUUAGAUGUAGCUGCGGCGGCACUCCUUGAUACAGUGGCGAUGCAUGAAUCUGGUGUAUCUCGCGUCCUCCAGGCCUGCGGCGUGCCAGGCCUUUGGACCCAUGCAUGGCCUCUGGUCAUCGUGUACCCUCUGAUAUCAUGGGCCGCUGCCACGCUCGUGUAUCGACAUGGCGCGGAUAUCUUUGCGCAGAUCACAACUGCAUGGGAUGCCGUGCAAGGUCUCGUCGUGGGAUGGAUCUAUGUACCGGCCAUGCGCUUGCUCGAUACACUACGCGCCGGUCGAAAAGAGCGGGCGUUGCUUGUUCGCCGCGAUAGUCUUGUGGCCGACGAACAAAGUCUGGAGCGCAUGGUCGAGGCACUGGGCCGUGACACCCUGCAUAUGAAUGCAUCUCAACUCGCGGCUUUGGCGGAGCGCACGCGCACCGGUGACUUGACGCAGGUAUGGCAGGUGUACGAGUCAGCUAUGCGUGCGCCCCUUCGCGGCUUCUUAUCGGGCUCGCUCCUACGCACGCUUCUGAUUCAGGUCCAAAAAGCCAAGGUCGACUUGGAGGUGGCACUGAGCGGCAUUGACUGGCUCCUCAAGUCGCAAGAGUUGCUGCUUGGCGCCGUGGGAUUAGCCCCGGCGUUGGCACUUGUCUACCUCUUGUAUGCUGGCCUACGUCGCAGUGUUCGGUGGGUGUCUGGUCGCAAGCUGUCACUCCACGCGUCGGGCAUCGUUCAAGCUCGCUUCGAAGCAUGGCAAGCCCUGCGUCAUGCUGAUAAAUUGUGUGCAGACGACGCAGACGACGCAUCCAAGCUGGGAUACCUGCUACUAGAUGCCAGCACACUCCGUACGGCGCUCCAUAUCCUCAUUCGGCACGCGUGUAUGGGCCAUCAUACUAUGCGAACGCGCCUCCUGGACGAGGUAGAAGCUGACAUAUCGGCCCUCGAAUGUGGCCACCUGUCUCGCGAUGGCUGGUCGGGCCGGGCCCAUCUGUUGACGCGCAUGUGGCAUUCAUGGGGCCAGCUGAUCCGAGUGCCUUAG